UUGAAAAACUUAAAUUACUCUGUCCCGGAGGAACAAGGUCCGGGGACAGUGAUUGGGAACAUUGCCAAAGAUGCCAGGCUUGGAAUUGAACAGACUGGACAGGUAGGACAGGGUAAAAAAGCCAACUUCAGGGUGCUGGAGAACUCAGCCCCUCAUCUCAUUGAUGUGGACCCCCAAAGCGGACUGUUGUACACAAAGCAGCGCAUCGACAGGGAAUUGUUGUGUAAGAGAAGCCCCAAGUGCCAGCUCUCCAUGGAGGUGUUUGCAAAUGACAAAGAGAUAUGUAUGAUAAAGAUAGAUAUUCAAGACAUUAAUGACAACUCUCCUGUUUUCCCAUCGGAUCAGAUUGAUAUUGACAUUUCUGAAAAUGCAGUACCAGGAACACGCUUCCCCCUGACCAGUGCACAUGACCCAGAUGCAGGGGAAAACGGCUUAAAAACGUAUCAGAUAACACGCGAUGAUUACAAUCUCUUUUCUUUGGAGGUGAAGUCCAGAGGGGAUGGGACCAAAUUCCCAGAGUUAGUUAUUCAACGGCCGCUGGACCGAGAAGAGCGUAGCCAUCACACCCUAAUAUUGUCUGCAACUGAUGGUGGGGAAUAUCCAAGGUCAGGUAACAUGCAGAUAAAUGUUAAAGUUAUAGAUUCCAAUGAUAACAGUCCAGUGUUUGAUAAGUCCACAUAUGUUGUCGAAAUUCCUGAAAAUUCACCUCCUGGUAAAGUCUUGAUUGACUUGAAUGCCACUGACCCUGAUGAGGGAAACAAUGGGCAAGUCGUCUAUUCCUUUAGUGGUUAUGCCCCACAAAGAAUACAGCAACUUUUCUCUAUAGAUUCCAGAACAGGGGUCAUAAAGAUUCAAGGUGAAAUUGACUAUGAGGAGAGUCCAGUUAUUGAGAUUGACGUUCAGGCAAAGGAUCUAGGUCCCAAUCCAAUACCAGGCCACUGUAAAGUCACUGUUAAAGUGCUUGACAGGAAUGAUAACUGGCCAUCUAUAGGCUUUGUGUCAGUGACACAGGGAGCCAUCAGCGAAGCUACAACCCCAGGCACUGUCAUUGCUCUGGUCCGUGUCACAGACAAGGACUCAGGCAGAAAUGGACAGCUUCAAUGCAGAGUUCUGGGUAAUGUCCCAUUUAAACUUCAGGAGAACUAUGACAACUUAUACACAGUGGUGACUGACAGGCCUCUGGACAGGGAGGUGCAGGACGAGUACAAUAUCACCAUUGUGGCGAAAGACAAUGGCAUUCCUCCUCUAAACUCCACAAAAUCUUUCACUGUCAAGAUUCUGGAUGAAAAUGACAAUGUUCCUCACUUCACUAAGUCAGUCUACCUCCUCCAGAUCCCCGAGAACAACAUACCGGGAGAGUAUCUAGGUUCAGUGUUGGCACACGACCCAGACCUUGGUCAGAACGGCACAGUUUACUACAGCAUAGUCAACUCUAAUGUGAGUGGGGGUGACGUCAACACCUAUGUUAAUGUAAAUGCAGCUAAUGGAGCCAUUUAUGCUGUAAGAUCAUUUAACUAUGAGCAAAUCAAGUAUUUUGACUUCAAGGUUCUUGCUAAAGAUGCAGGAUCUCCACACCUAGAGAGCAAUGCUACAGUGCGCAUUAGUGUUCUGGAUGUCAAUGACAACAUUCCUGUAAUAGUUCUACCGCUUCUCCAAAACGACACAGCUGAAAUUCAGGUUCCGCGAAACGUUGGCGUUGGCUACAUUGUUACAACAGUGAGGGCAGUGGAUAAUGACUACGGCGAGAGUGGGAGGCUCACCUAUGAGAUCUCAGAUGGCAACGAAGAGCACCUCUUUGAGAUUGACCCAAUCACUGGGGAGGUACGAACAGCCCACCCCUUUUGGGACGAUGUAAGCCCCGUUGUGGAGCUUAUCAUUCGCGUAUCAGACCAUGGCAAGCCAACUCUAACUGCUGCUGCCAGACUCAUCGUCAAGGCUUCCAAUGGUCGUCCUCCCGAUGGACUUCCACACAUGAAAGACAAUCAGAACUGGGACAUGUCUCUGCCUCUUAUUGUGACUCUAAGCAUCAUAUCUAUCCUGCUUUUGGCUGCCAUGGUGACUAUAGCGAUCAAGUGCAAGCGUGAAAACAAGGAGAUCCGUACUUAUAAUUGUCGCAUUGCAGAGUACUCGCACCCUCAACUGGGGAAAGGCAAGAAGAAGAAGAUUAACAAAAACGACAUCAUGCUGGUGCAGAGUGAGGUGGAGGAACGGGAUGCCAUGAAUGUGAUGAAUGUGGUAAGCAGCCCUUCUUUGGCCACCUCUCCCAUGUACUUUGACUACCAGACACGCCUGCCACUCAGCUCACCAAGGUCAGAGGUAAUGUACCUCAAGCCCACUGCCAAUAACCUCAGCGUGCCCCAAGGCCACGUGGGAUGCCACACCAGCUUCACAGGCCCAGUCACCAGCACUACAGACACACCUACUAACCGCAUGUCCAUCAUACAGACGGACAAUUUCCCCACUGAGUCUAGUUAUAUGGGUAGCAGACAACAGUUUGUUCAAAGUUCAACAUUCAAAGACCCUGAGCGAGCCAGCCUCAGAGACAGUGGUCACGGUGACAGCGACCAGGCCGACAGCGACCAAGACACCAACAAAGGCUCCUGCUGCGAUAUGUCUGCCAAAGAAGCCCUCAAGCUGAAGGCCGCCGGCGUGAAACCACCACCUCUGGAGCAAGUGGCUGGCAACACAUUGCUCUCCUCUGUGCAGAUGACUGCCAGUCGCUAUCAUGAACAGACAGGCGGCCCUGGUGUGGGGAGAUGUUACCCACUGAUAGGGCUGUCCAAGCAAACGGGGAGGAAGAGAGAGAUGAUGGAGGAAGAGCACGGAGUGGGACGGAGGGAGUUUGACUCCAGCACCUGA